GCUGCCAGGGCCGCUGGCCCGCGGUCCGGCUCUGCGGCCGCUUCCCGGGGCUCCCCGGAGCCCGUCGGGAGGCUCGGAUCGGACGUGGGGGCUGCUGCCGGGGGCACGGCGCCGCCGGGGCGCUCGCGGCGGGAUGGGGCAGCUGCCCGAGCACGGCGGCGAUGCCCGCGACGGGCCCCGUCCUGCUGCACCGGGAGCUUCCCGCAAGGCCUGCGGCGCCCCCGGGCCCGAGGGGGGGGCCAGGAUCCCGGGCGCUGAUCCCUGCCCCUUCUUCCCGCAGGAGUGGGGCUGGACUCCCGACGCAGGAGGACCCCGAGGCACUUGAAGUCAAUAAGCUCCUUAUUCGUAGGAUCCACUCCCUGCCGGCGCGGCUCCUGGGCGCCAGCCCGGCCCUGAAGAACAUCUCCAACUCCAAGGAGCUCAGCGGCCCGAGGAGCAGCGAGCGGGAGGCCCGGGACGAUGAGGCUUCUGUGUUCAAGAAGCCGCAGAGGCCGGGUCACCGCAGCCGCUUGGACGGGGCUGCGGCCACGGACCCCUUCGCCCGGAGACCCGGCUCCGCUCCGGACCUCCUGUUCGACACCCCCGGGAAGGAGAACGUACCCGAGGGCGAGAGCCCCGUGACGCUGCGCCGUUGCUCCCUGACCUCCUCCGUGACCGAGGAGGAAGACGACGGCUUCAUGGAGAUCCUGGAUGAGGAGGACGGGAAGAGCGACGCGGACGUGCCGCAGGGAAUGGAGAACCUGCUCACCGCCCCGCUGGUGAAGAAGGAGGAGGCAGAGCCGCGGCCGGCGAAGCGCGGCAAGUGCCGGCAGCUCUUCCGCUCGCCCUCCAUGCCCAGCAGCGUCAUCAGGCCCAUCCUCAAGCGGAUAGACCGGCCCCCGGACAGAGACACGCCGGUCAAAACCAAGCGGCGGAGGAGCGUGGCCGGCACCCCGGGCGAGGAGAAGGCGGCUGAGCCGAAAGCACGGCUGCUGCGCUCCCGGUCCUUCUGCCACGAGGAGAUCGAGAACAUGCUGGCCAACGACCACCGGGAGCUCAUCGGGGACUUCUCCAAGGCCUACCUGCUGCAGACGGUGGAAGGGAAGCACCAGGACCUGAAGUACAUCUCCCCGGAGAUGAUGGUGGCGGUGCUGAACGGGCAGUUCAGCAGCCUCAUCGAGAGCUGCGUCAUCGUGGACUGCCGCUACCCCUACGAGUACGAGGGAGGCCACAUCAAGGGCGCCGUCAACCUGCCCAUGGAGCAGGACGUGGAGGACUUCCUGCUCAAGAAGCCCAUCGUGCCCUUCGACGCCGCGAAGAGGGUGAUCGUGAUAUUCCACUGCGAAUUCUCCUCCGAGAGGGGGCCCAGGAUGUGCCGCUUCGUCCGGGAGAAGGACCGCGCCUGUAACGAGUACCCCCACCUGCACUACCCCGAGCUCUACGUCCUCAAAGGCGGCUACCGCGAGUUCUUCCCGCAGUACCAGGCGCACUGCGAGCCCCAGGACUACCGGCCCAUGCACCACGAGGACUUCAAGGAGGACCUGCGCAAGUUCCGCCUCAAGAGCCGCACCUGGGCGGGCGAGCGCAGCAAGCGCGAGCUCUACAGCCGCCUCAAGAACUUCUGACGGUGCCGGAUGCCUGCCUGGCCCUGCCCUGCUGUGAAGCCGCCCCUGGUUUUGCCCCUGCUGCUCCCUGGGGCGUGGAGGGGAUUUUUUUAUUAUUAUUUUUAUUUCUUCACCCUGUCCGGGGUGCCGGAUCCUGCAGGCAGCUCCAAGCCCGGCCCGUUGCAUCCCUGCCUGGCGUCUGCAUCCGCGGCAGCAGCUCGGGACCGCUCCCUGUUUGCAGCCGAAACCGCCCUGGGCUCUGGGCCAGCUCGCGCGCACCCGCGUGCGUGGGGCGAGCCGGGCUGCGCUGCAGGCGCGGAGCUCUGCGCGCUGCAUCCUCUCCCCUUGCCCCCGAUCGCAGCGGUGGGCACGGCUGUACCCUGCUUCCCCCUCUGAGCACGUGAUGCUCAAGCAUCCUGGAAAGCCCUGUGGGGCUGGCAUGGGGCAGAGCUUGGAGCUGCCUUAACCACCUGGGUGCCCCUGGCCCCCCACAUGGGCUGGGCACCACGGGCAGGGUCUCAGCGGCAGGAAAAACUGCCGGGCUGCGGCUUGGGGUCACCCACAGCAGCACCGGAGCUGGGCAACCCCCUUCCCGGCACCCAGGGAAGGGCCCUGGCCUCUGGCUGGACUUAAUUGGCAGAAACGUUGCAGAAAAGCACUUAAAGGGGGCCUGGCUGCGGCCCUGCGCUUCCUCCGGCCGAGGUGCGAGGGAGCAGCCAGCCGCGGGCGCCCGGAGGGGCCGGGCACCCCCGUGGCUGCCGGCCCUUGUUAAAAUAGUGAUUUUGGGGUGCACCCGGCUCUCUUAUUUGUUCCUUCCUUAUUUAAGGUAGUUGGUAACUUUAGUAGGGCUGCUUCCAAAUAGGCGAAGCGAUUUGCGAUUAGCACUGCCAACGGUCCCCUCCUGGGGCCGGGAGAAAGGUUUUAUUGUGGGCGCCACGUGUCUCUGUACCGUCGUGUCUCGUUCCUUGUUUUGUUUUUCUGGGGUUUUUUUGUUUUGUUUGUUUGUUUUCUAUUUUCAUUUUUACCCUCCCUGGUUUUGUAACCUGCUAAGGAGGGAGAGAAGAACCUCACUUCCCACAUGGUGCUGUGUAACCGCUCGGAGGAAAAUAAACUGCUGGGGCCGGGAGCCAGCAGCCCCUCCGCG